AUUCGAUUACCGCUAGAUUGUACCAUUUGCAUGCACUCGGAAUAUCUAGUUCUCUAAUAGUCUUAUACUUCUUCGUGCCUCGCACAGCUAUGCUGCCCAUAGUCUUACUGGUUACCUCUCUUUCUAGCGGCUAAUGCACAUAUCUGUUUGGUGGGGAGUACAUCGCGAGGGUGAAUAUCCUUCACUUCAGCUCUGUCAUCACAGACAGCUGUCUAUCCCUCUAGAGAAUACCUGAGACUAGCCCAUCCGUUGCUUGAACUUGUUAGGUUUGUUACUGUAUAUUUGCCCCAUAUAUGCCCCAUAUGUGCCCCAUAUGUGCCCACCCAGUCAAGACGAGUUUGCGAUAGCAAUUAUCUGCGCGCUGACUCUUGAGGCGGAGGCUGUCGAAGAACUUUUCGAUGAAACUUACGACAGGUUGGGCGAGUUCUACAAGAAGCAACCUGGCGAUCACAGUACAUAUAUAUUAAUGGAAACGUGAUCCGGCCGCUGCAGUACUACUGCUCUUACUUGCUUGCUUUGAUAACCGGGAUAUCUGGUAUUAACUGAUUCAGUGCGGCUUGAACUGCUCCUACACGCCACAUUGGUUUGAUAUGGCAGCGUCAGACACACUGGCUUUCAAGGCAAAGAUGAAAACGCUGAUCGGGUUUUCCCUUGUUGAGACAAAACAACAGGAGAGGAGCUAUACUAUACAUCCUGUGGUACAGAACUGGUGUUUCCAUAUUGCUGCUUCUGAUGAUUAUACAGUUCAGCUAUACGAGCUAACGUUGAUCUCUGUUGGGCAUAUGGCCCCGAGCAAGGAGGAUCGAGACUAUGCAAGACUUCAGCAGCGGUUUCUUCCACAUGCAAAUCAUCUGAUUCUCAAUUGCCCAUACAAUAGAAUUGAUGUUUGGGAAGCCUUGGAUGGUUUAGGGAAUCUCUACUUUAGUCAAGAUAAGCUAAUAGAGGCAGAGGAGAUGUAUCAGUGAGCGCUGGCAGGCUAUAAGAAUACACUAGGUCCAGAUCACAUAUCCACCCUUGAUACACUUUACAACCUGGUCGGGAGAUGGUGGUUCGGAGAUAUCGCCAAAACGAAGUUCUGAUUUCCUGAAGGGUUUUGAAGGAAGGCCAGGUUUCUCUACGCUAAUCAGGGCAAGCUGAAAGUGGCAGAGGAGACGUACCAGCGCGCACUGGCAGGUUAUGACAAGGCCGUGGGAGCUGAUCAUUCUAAAACGCGCAUGUGGUCAGUAAUCUGGCCUCUCUCGCUAACUUUAGCGCUGAACGAGACACCUCUCAUCCUAUACCCCUCGACCACCCAGCAGCACAGACACCAGAGCUCAACACACUCUAAAUCUCUCUACCGGAAAGCAGAUGUGAAAGAGACAUUCUUUAUAGGUCUUCUGCAGAAAGUAGGUUUUAUACUUUUGUAUCGAAGAUUGGGCCUACGAUAGUGACCUC